AUGAUACUCUUCGUAUUUGUUUCAUUAUUCACUUGUCAACUUGUUCGAGUGAAUGCAGCCGUAAAUUAUGCUAGCAAUGGUUGUGUAGGAGAUAAUGGUAAUUACACGCAAGGAAGUUUAUACGAAACCAAUCUAAACCUCCUCUUUACUAGGUUAUCCUCCCAAGCCUCCAUUGUUAAGUUCUUUAAUUCAACAACAGGGGUUGUUCCUAACAAAGUGUAUGGCCUCUUUAUAUGCCGAGAAGAUCUAAGUCAAGAUGUUUGUACUCAAUGUGUUGCUGAUGCAGCGAAACGUUUGGUUCAAAAUUGCCCAUUAUUUGGGGAAGCCAUUAUAUGGUAUGAUGAAUGUAUGUUGAGGUACGCAAACCAUUCAUUUUUCUCCUUGUAUGAGGUGCUUCCGUCAGCUAGACUGUGGAGCACAACUAAUGUCUCGAACUUUGUCGAGUUUGCUCCCGUUUUUGCGAAAAUAAUGAAUGGUGUUAUACGAGAUGCAGCAUUUAGUACCCCAUCUAAGCAUUUUGCUACAAGAGAAGCUAAUGUGACAUUGUAUGAUACACUAUAUUCCCUUGCCCAAUGCACUCCGGACCUUGACGGACAAGGGUGUAAUAUUUGCUUAAAGGCAGCAUUGGUUGUGAUGAAUAAUUGUUGUAAAGGACGUAUACGUGCCGUUUCCUUCUUGCCGAGUUGUCAAUUGAAAUAUGAUAUGAGGCGUUUCUAUAACCACACUGAGAUAGAGGAGUUGAUACCAUCUCCAUCCCAACCAAAUAUACAAUCCAUACAUCCAGAGAAGAGGCUGAAAGCAUCAACCAUAGCAGGGAUAGCAGUCGCUACAUCAGCUGGAAUUGGACUACUACUAGUUGGCAUAUGGUUGUGUACACGACACAAGGCUACCAAAACAUCUGUGGAAACAGCUGCAAAAGUUAAGAGUACUCGUUCAGAAGACGGUCUUGGAAAUGAGGACUUCAUCAAGUACGAUUUAUUAACUUUAAUGAAUGCAACUGGUGAAUUUUCAGUAGAUAAUAAGGUCGGUGAAGGAGGUUUCGGUGUUGUUUACAAGGGAACACUGAAAAAUGGACAAGAAGUGGCCAUUAAGAAGUUAUCAGGAAACUCGGGGCAAGGACCACAGGAGUUUAUGAUUGAGGCUCAUAUCGUCGCGAAGCUUCAACAUAGAAAUCUUCUCAAGGUUUUGGGUUUUUGCUCUGAAGGACAAGAAAAGUUGCUUGUCUACGAGUUCAUGCCAAAUACAAGCCUUGACCGGUUUCUAUUUGAUCCAAAAAAGCGAGCUCUUCUAAAAUGGGAAACACGAUACAAAAUUAUAAUGGGGAUAACACGGGGGCUGCAAUAUCUUCAUGAAGAUUCCCGGCUUACUGUUAUACAUCGAGAUCUUAAAACAAGUAACAUAUUAUUAGAUAAAGAGAUGUAUCCCAAGAUUGCUGACUUUGGCUUGGCAAAACUCUUUGGAGGGGAUGAAAAAAUUGGAAAUACAAGUCGAAUUGCGGGAACACAUGGGUAUAUGGCCCCGGAAUAUAUCUAUACAGGGGAGUAUUCUAAAAAAUCCGAUGUCUAUAGUUUUGGUGUCAUUGUUCUGGAGAUUAUAAGUGGUCGAAAGAAUAAAAUUUUCAGGCAGUCUUCGCAGGUCGAGGACCUCGUGAUUCAAGCAUGGAGCAUGUGGAAUGAAGGGCAACCUUUCAAACUAGUGGAUCCAGCAUUGUAUGACGAUUACUCGAAGAGUGAAGUUUUGAGAUGCAUAGAGAUCGGAAUCCUUUGUGUGCAAGAGAAUGCAAUGCAUAGGCCUACCAUGGCAAUGGUUGGACUUAUGCUUACUGGUUCAAUCGACAUACCCUUGCCGUCAUCAAAACCUUCUUCAUGGUUCCAAGAUUCCAGUACACCAAUAAAUGAUCACAAUAACAAAGAUUCUACAGAUGAGCAAAGCAAUAAUUCUCAUAACCAAUCCACAACUUCUGUAAGCUUAUAUACCGAUGUUGAGCAAGAUUUGUACCCAAGAUAAUUAUUUAUACAAAGACAAGGAUUUGUAAUUGUGCUUUUCAAGUUUGCAAGAAAACAAGUUUCUUUA